UGAUGAUGGGCUACUGCAUUACUGAUCGAUCGAUCUUCAUGGGGGAAAACCCUAGUUCUUCAUCCAGAACUACUGACAGAAAAUUAAUCGAGAGGAAUCGGAGAUAUCAAAUGAAGGCUCUCUACUCAAAGCUCAACUCUCUUGUGCCUCAUCAAAGUCCAAGGGAGGCUAUUCCAUUACCUGAUCAGUUAGAGGAAGCCACCAGUUACAUAAAGAAGUUACAGAUGAAGUUGGAGAAAAUGAAGGAGAAGAAGGACAGCCUAAUUGCCAUUAAUAAUCAAAGGUCGAACUUCAUCCAACAUAGAGAAAUGAUUAAGGGAUCAAAAUCAUCGCCACGGUUUGAGAUCCUAGAAGUGGGCACUAUUGCCUUACAAGUUGUUCUGAGAACUGAAUCGGACAGUGAGUUUUCGUUAACUGACAUCAUUCGACUUCUUCAUGAAGAAGGAGCAGAUAUUGUUACUGCCAAUUACACAGUUGUUGAAGAUGUAGUUAUUCAUACGAUACACUGUGAGGUCGAGGAAUCCGUCAACGUUGCUGCAAUGAUAUCUGAGAGAUUAAAGAGAUUGUAGUGCAUAUUUUCUAUAGGAAUAGCUUAUUUUGAACACUUAUCUGAUGAUAAAUAACAUUUAAAAGAAAUUUAAUCUCGU